AAAUAUAUAAAAAUGAAUCAAGCUAAAGUUAAUAAUUUAGUGUCUCGAUUAAAUUAUAAAGUACAAGAUAAAAGAAGGCUCAAAUCGUUCGAUGGUCCUGAAGGUAGAGUAAGGAAAAUACAAAAAACACUUACUGCUCUUUUAAAAUAUGAACGAAUUGAAUUGUACUAUAAUCGUGCUGAUGAAGUUAGAGGCUACGCUGACCGGCUUAUAUCAGAAGCUAUACGUCAUGGACCAACUCAUGCAGAGACAAUGGAGAUGGCCGAUUAUUGGAUCCUAGAAAAGCAGUACGUUCACAAAUUGUUCAAAGUUUUAGUACCAAGAUACUCUGAAUAUUCAGGAACGUCAUUUACUAAAUUGCAUAGGCUGCCUAAAGUAUGGCCUGAUGCCACAUAUUGGAAUUCUGUUCUUGAAUUAAAAGAUAAUCCUUUUCCGCGUCUAGACCAAAUGAAUCCGUUUCAGAGCAAAUUAAUUCACAAUGUUUUGCUGGAUGAAGCUAGAAAAGAAUUCAGAAUAAAUAAAUACAAAGAGUUUGCUGAUAAUCUUACUAAUUAA